CUCCAAACCCUCCAAAACCCUAAACCCUAACAUACACCAAUUCCUUCUAGACUUUUCUCUGCUCCACAAUUUAUACUCUCCUUCUCUCUGUCUCUUUCUUUUACCUGAGAGCUCAUACUUUCUCAUUCUAUUUUCUCUCUUCUCUGCAAGUUCAUCAUGUACCGCUUCGCCGGCAGCCUCGCCUCUAAAGCCAGGUUGGCUAGGAACUGUACCCAACAGAUUGGCAGUAGUUUGAUUUCGAGAAGGAACUAUGCGGCCAAAGAUAUCAAAUUCGGUGUGGAAGCCCGGGCAUUGAUGCUCAAGGGUGUGGAAGAGCUCGCUGAUGCUGUUAAAGUCACAAUGGGGCCAAAAGGACGCAAUGUUGUUCUGGAACAAAGCUUUGGGGCCCCUAAAGUGACAAAGGAUGGUGUCACUGUAGCAAAGAGCAUUGAGUUCAGAGAUAAAGUCAAGAACAUUGGUGCUAGUCUUGUAAAGCAGGUCGCAAAUGCUACCAAUGAUGCUGCAGGGGAUGGUACCACUUGUGCUACAGUCCUCACCCGCGCUAUAUUUACUGAAGGAUGCAAAUCAGUGGCAGCUGGAAUGAAUGCAAUGGACCUAAGACGAGGCAUUUCAAUGGCAGUUGAUUCUGUUGUGACAAACUUGAAGAGUAGGGCUCGGAUGAUCAGCACAUCUGAAGAAAUAGCUCAGGUUGGGACCAUAUCAGCUAAUGGAGAGAGAGAAAUUGGUGAACUAAUCGCUAAGGCUAUGGAGAAAGUUGGCAAAGAGGGUGUUAUUACCAUUGCUGAUGGAAAAACAUUGUAUAAUGAAUUGGAGGUUGUUGAAGGAAUGAAGCUAGAUAGGGGAUAUAUAUCCCCUUACUUUAUUACCAAUCCUAAGAACCAAAAAUGUGAAUUAGAAGAUCCACUCGUCUUAAUCCAUGAGAAGAAAAUCUCAAAUCUAAAUUCGAUAGUGAAAAUAUUAGAGCUGGCAUUGAAGAAGCAAAGACCUCUUUUGAUUGUUGCUGAGGAUGUGGAAAGUGAAGCACUUGCUACACUCAUUAUAAACAAGCUUCGUGCUGGAAUUAAGGUUUGUGCAAUUAAAGCCCCUGGAUUUGGAGAAAACAGGAAGGCAAAUUUGCAGGACCUAGCCAUUCUUACGGGAGGCGAGGUAAUAACUGAAGAGCUUGGUCUGAACCUUGACAAAGUUGGAGUAGAAACACUUGGAACCUGCAAAAGGGUUACAAUAUCAAAAGAUGACACUGUUAUUCUUGAUGGGGCUGGUGACAAGAAAGCCAUUGAAGAAAGAUGUGAACAGCUGAGAUCAUCAAUUGAAUUGAGCACUUCUGAUUAUAUUGGCGGAGCGAGCGAAGCAGAAGUUAGUGAAAAGAAGGACAGAGUAACUGAUGCUCUAAAUGCCACCAAGGCUGCUGUGGAGGAAGGAAUCGUACCUGGUGGUGGUGCUGCACUGCUUUAUGCCUCAAAGGAGCUGGACAAGUUGGCAACUGCAAACUUUGACCAGAAGAUUGGUGUUCAAAUUAUUCAGAAUGCUCUUAAGAUGCCUGUAUCCACAAUUGCUUCUAAUGCUGGAGUUGAGGGGGCAGUUGUUGUUGGCAAACUAUUGGAGCAGGACAAUCCUGACCUUGGAUACGAUGCAGCAAAAGGUGAAUAUGUAGACAUGAUAAAGGCAGGGAUCAUUGAUCCAUUGAAAGUCAUCAGAACCGCCUUGGUCGAUGCCGCAAGCGUGUCCUCGUUAAUGACCACGACGGAGGCAGUUGUCGUUGAGCUUCCCAAGGAUGAGAAGGAAACCCCUGGAAUGGGAGGUGGCAUGGGAGGCAUGGAUUACUAGAAGUUCUAUCAACAUGUUGGAUUCAGUAGAGGCUGCUUCCUUGCUCAGGCUCACACCUUCCUCGUUUAUCCUUAUUCAAACUGAGUUCUCCAAUUUCUCGCUUUUAUGCUCUCUUUUUUUCUUCAAUGGUAUUGGAGGCUGAACAUGAAUGUAAUCAUAGUGAGAGAGGUUAAUUGUGCAGGAACAUUUUUCACCAGUUGUAGUCUCUGGUGGUAUUUAUGAUUUUGUUGUUCUCA